GCGGCGCGGGGCAGUUGCUGCCAGGGAGGAGCGGCGGCGGAGGCAGGGCGGGGCGGUCGCCGCCUGUGGAGAGCACGGGGAGGUCGGGCCUGGGGCCGCACACGGCGGCGGCGGGGCUGCGGCUCAGAUUUCUCCGUGGACAAUGGCAGCCACGAUUCAGGCCAUGGAGAGGAAGAUUGAAUCGCAGGCUGCUCGCCUGCUUUCCUUAGAAGGUCGAACCGGGAUGGCUGAGAAGAAGCUGGCCAACAGCGAGAAAACAGCUGUGGAGUUCGGGAACCAGCUGAGGGCAAGGCCGUGUGGGAGCAGGAGCUGCUGCAGAGGCAGCUGGAGCCCAGCAGGAACUUCUGGAUCCUGCGACUGCCCUCGGGCAACAAGGGGGAGGCCCCCAAGGAGUGGGGCAAGCUGGAGGACUGGCAGAAGGAGCUCUACAAGCAUGUGAUGAGGGGCAACUACGAGACGCUGGUCUCCCUGGACUACGCCAUCUCCAAGCCUGAGGUCCUCUCCCAGAUUGAACAAGGGAAGGAGCCCUGCAGCUGGCACCGCCCCGGCCCCAAGAUUCCAGAUGUUCCUGUGGACCCCAGUCCAGUAACUCUGCAGCUUCCUGCUGUGUUUGUUCUGGUUGCCCUGGAGAGCCUGCUGCACAGCCCGUGCCCUAGGACUGUCUCCACCCUCACCGGGACAUUCUCUCCAUCUCUGUCUCCUGCGUGCGAGUCUCUUCUUCCCGGUUCCAAGUCUCGAAUGUUUCUUAAUUUACUUCCUCAUUUUGGCAGAGGAUAUCCUCCAGUUGUUUUCUGGGAAUGAACUAUCUGAUCUCUUGCCACUGAGUAAGCGAAACAGCUGAAAAUGAAAGCCAAGGCUGAUCCCCAUGGGUGCCGAACUUUGAUGUCCAUGGAAUCUGCAGCAUCCCCCAGUCUCCUAGCUGAAAAUAGGUGAGUGAUUAAGGGAGUGGAACUUCAGGAAUUAUAAUGUGCAUUUAUGGGAGCAUUUGGAAAACUCAGUUUAUCCCAAAUCACCAACUCUACCUAAUCUCCAAGCCUGCCCCUUCUUCCCACCUGAAAGCUGACCAGCCCAGAUGGAAGGGUUUUCACUGCAAGAGAUCUGUUUCCCCACCCCUCAUUCUCCCUGACCUACUGUGAGAGUAAGAUCUGAGCUGAGCCUGGGCACCAGUUCCUGGGAGGUGAAGACUCACAUACCAAAAUCAUUUCCAACUGGCUAAUGUAUGUCAGCAAAAUCCUCAAGAGCAUGUGUGGAUAUGGGUUCUUGGAGUAUUUUAUAAAGUAGAAACAGUAUAAUUUUAAAUGAAUCUGAAUUUUUUAUUAGGAGUGUGCCCAAUUAAAAUUCUAUUUAAGAUACCAUAGCUGGAGCAGCUGGGAUAAACCUAUUUGCUCAGUUGGUGGACCUAAGCCUGGAUUCACAGGAGGCCAAUUCCAAAUGCAUUUGAGAUGUUAGGGAUUUCUUGCUGUAAUGUAAAAAGAAUCCAUAGGCUUCAGGGGGUAGGUAAGAUUUAUCACACGUGACUUGCCCUGGCUUGAACAACACAUAGGUCUGUGGAGCUCUACAUUCUUGAAAAGAAUUCUGGUAACUGUUCUCUGUAGACAGAGAUGCUGGUGGGAGGCAUGAUAGUGGAAAGUGAAUGCCUGAUUUCAGUGGGGCUGGGAGGAUCCUAGGGUGUCAGAGGCCAAGCAGCAUGAUACUUUAGCUGGAAAUGAACUUUGGAUGUUACUCCGUGGUCUGUGACACACAGGUCUUGGUUGUGGCUCAUUAGUGGUGAGGUUUUUAGGCCUGAGAAUGGGGAGCUCAUCGUGAUCCCCUUGAUGUGUAGAUCUGAGUUACCACCAUCGCCAGCACAAUGGAGGUUCCUGGCCUCUGACUCAGUCCCCAGUUCUGUAUCUGCUCGGAGACCCUGCCUCCCUUGAUGGCGGGGAAGCUAAGCUUGAGCAAAGGACUCUGCCAAAUACCCAGUCAUGGCCUGUGAAUCUUCCUGCCAGAUUUCCCCUAAUAGAUGCUUCAGCCAUUUGCCUGGAAACUGCAUUGUGCAAUGGGAAAUAGCCACAUAAUUUUGGGAUUAAUGGUUGUGUGCUGCAUCUGUGAAGCUUCUGGAGGUUUAGCAUUUUUGGGAAACAUCAGAAUAUCCCGAGAAAGACCACAUCCUGCAUCUUGCUUUGUUUAGCUACCACCACCAUUAGAGGGGGCUUGAGAGACCGCAGUUACUACCCAUGGUGUGCUGUUUUCACCCAAAAGGCUACAAACUGUAAGGUGUUCAUCAGAUAAUACUGAGGUGAGCCUUAGGACUGACCAAAAGGUUCCGGUGGGGGUGCCCUUUACCUGUUCUUAUUUUUAUAUACUUAUUUGGAAUCUGACUCUAGCUUCCUUUACCUUGCUGAGCCCAUGAUCUGUAUCUGUCUGCAUGGAGGAGAGAAAAGAGGCUGAUGGGGUCAGUUCAGUUCUCUGGGAAGCCCCAGCAGACUUCCUCCAUCAUCUUGCUCCUUGCCCUUAGUCUCACAGAGCCUCCCAGAAUCCUGCUCUUCUCUGGUCCGUAGUCUGGGUAGUCCAGUGUGUGAGUCUGCAGCAGUCCCAGGUGGGAACUCCAGAACCUGGGGACACAGCCAAAAGUCCAGGGUGUGGCACUGUGAGCCCGGUAAUCUAAGCUCAUUAGAUUUCUCAUGUCUAUUGGAGGUGGGCAUGAGGCUGCCGCUGGUUUAGGUACUCCUGUGCCACAGCCCAAGCUGGGUCCUGUGGGAAAUAUAGCAGGACUUACAGACAUGGCCCAGCUGCUUUCAGGGAUCACAUGGAUCUUAAUGGGGAGAUUCUGAACAACUCUGCAGAAGUGCUGGAGUGGUACCCAGAAGGUUGGAGGAGGCAGUGGUCUGUGCCUUACAAACUUUAAAGUUUAUAAAAUCACCUGAGGACUAAUUGAGUGUGCGCUUCAGAGAUGCUGUGGUCAGAGAUUUCAUAGACUGUGUCAUUUUUCCCCAUGGUGGAUUAGGAGGAGCUUACAACCCAGUACCCACUUUGGUGAUUAAAAGCAAACCAGGGUAGGGGGCACCUGGAUUUGAACCAGGGACCUCUUGAUCUGCAGUCAAAUGCUCUACCCCUGAGCUAUACCCCCAGGCCCAGGAAGAUGGUGUAAUUAACUCCCUUUUCAUGUGUUGACUCACCAAGAACAAGACUCAUCUUUCUUCUGUGGUUGGGAUGUCGAGGCUGGUUCUGUGUCUCUGAACUCUGGCCUCCCUCCUGUCACUAAAACUUCUUUCCGCAUCACUUCUGUGUGCACCUGGCUGAGGACGCCGUGGUGGCCUGGUUGAGCUUUAUAACUGGAGAGACCCUUCAAGUCAUCCAGGUAAUUCUCUUUGACAGUAGCUGUUGAGCAUCAUGUCAGGUGUGCUGGGCUGGGGACAGAACUCUAUCUGGAUGACACCACCCUUCCCUGCACUGAAAGGAGGCCCAGAGCCUGUGUCUGGGGCUUGUAUUUGAUAUAGAAUAAGGUUCAUGAUAAUUCGUCAAGUGAAAAGCAAAUUGCUUUGUAAAAAAAAAAAAAAAGUUUAAACCAAACCCCUGUGACACAAGUUUACCCAUAUGACAAACCUGCACAUGUAUCCCUAAUAAAAAUUAAAAGAAAAAAAAAUUAAAAAGAUGAUACUCUACAGAAUACCACUUCUAAAUUUAUUCCUCAAAAAUAUUCAUAUAAGUGCAUGAAGACACAUACAUGUAUGUGGAGAUUCAUUACAGCUGUUUUUGAAUUCCUCACAGCCAAACACUGGAGACCAUCUAAAUAUCCAUUGGCAGGGAAUUGGUUAAAACAUUACAGUACAUUCGCAGGAUGGAAUGUGAUACAACAGAAAUCGAUAAGCUAGAGAUCCACUGCACUGCCACGGGAAGACGCUUCAAUGAAACAUUAAGUGAAAAGCAAAUUGCACAACAGAUGUAUGGUAUGAGCUCAUUUGGGCUUUAAAAAAUACGUUAUAUACAAUUAUACAAUCUGUGAUAUAUUCAAAUCCGUCUACUAAAUGGACUAGUGGAGAUGUCCAAAAGGAAGCUGGAGUUCGAGGGGAGGUACUGACUAAAGACAUCCAUUUGCGGGUCUUCUGCCUAUUCAAGCCAGGACGGAAUGAGAUCAGUGAGGAAGUGUGAGUAGAAAAGAGAAGUGGUCUGGGGACUAAGACCUGGGCCGUCAAAUGUUUAGAAAUGGGGAUGCUGAGGAGAAACUAGCAAAAGAGAUUGAGAAAAAGUGGCAGAGAAUUACAAAGAAAACAACAGAAAAAGAAUGACAGCCCCAAA